CAGUCCUGAUCCUCUUCACCCCAACUAUAAAAGCCAACGCUCCGUCCCUCCGUCACUAGUCACUCUGAUAAGACAACAACCCCUGUUCCCGUCCAAGGCAAACAGUAUUACAGUACGAUGACUGACCUGGAAAACUCCCUGGCCACAAUUAUCGAUGUGUUUCACAAGCAUGCAGAGAAAGAUGGGGACAAGCAUAAACUAAAGAAAAGUGAACUAAAGGACUUGAUAAAUGAUGAAUUACCUAAUCUGGUUGGGCAAGUGAAAGACCAAGCCACUAUGGACAGUUUAAUGGAGAGCCUGGAUUCAGACGGAGACUCAGAGUGUGACUUCCAAGAGUUCAUGACUUUCAUCACCAUGGUUACCGUCUGUUGCCAUGAGUUCUUUGAGCACCAUGAAGACGAGUAGGCACCAGGAAACACAAAUGGGAAAACUAGUAAAUUAUGAGAAUGAAAUUAAGUCACCAACAGAAAAUCCAGUACAAACUUUGGAUAGUUUUUGAUAGGGUUUCAUAUCGUAUAACCUGUUGAUGUAGAGACCUAAAGCUUCUAUUCAUUAUCAAUGUUUGAUCUGUGUUUUUGCUCUGGUUUGAUAAUCAUAACAGAUAUUGAGUCAAACUGUUGUUAGCUUAUCAUGAUACUUCAGUGAAACAGUUUUGUCUUCUAUAUUCUAUAACACUUUUCCUUAUUAGUAAGUGAUUUGGGUUCAAAAUACAGAAGUUUAUACUACCAGUACAGUAUACAGUUCAUUGUUUACUACCGAAUAGCUUAUGUAAAUCGAUAUAUCUGCAUUAUAUGUUGCAAAUCAUUCUAUCACCAUUAUGUCAGUCAAAUGAUGACUUUAUACAAAUGUCAAUUGUUGAGUCCUCAUGAGGUCUAACACAGCAAAUAUUGUCAGAAUUAAUAAAAACAAGUUCAAACCAACUUCA